AGUGAGCGAAGGUGAGCUGUCAGUCCUGAGCCUCCCCCCCCUUCCUCUCUCUCUCACUCAUUUCCACCGUCGACUUCUGCCCGACUUUCAGAAGACGGGGAGAUAACUGGCAGUAAGAGUAGAAAAAGGGACAGGGAGCAGUGAGCGAGAGAAGACAGGUGUGAAACCAUGUGUUGUACGGGGAAGUGCGCUCGCCUGGUGGGCCUGAUCCUCCUGCCCACCGCCUUCAUCUGCAUGAUCGCCAACCUGCUGCUGUUCUUCCCCGAUGGGAAGAGUCUGGAGAACGACCAGAUCUCCCUCCAGGUCUGGCUCAUGGGGGGGCUGAUCGGAGGAGGCCUCUUUAUGCUGUGUCCGAGCUGCUCGGCUAUCAGGGCCGGGGGCAAGGGUUGCUGCGGAACUGGUUGCUGUGGCAACCGUUGCCGGAUGUUGAGCUCAGUGUUCUCCUCUGCCUUCGGCCUGAUCGGAGCCAUCUACUGCACCAGUGUGUCCUCGGCAGGUCUCGCUAUCGGACCCAAGUGUCUGGUCGAAGGUGAAUGGAAGUACCCUUUCGAAAACCUCGGCACCAACACCAGCUACCUCGUGAACCAGACCCUGUGGACGAUCUGCGAGGCCCCUGCCAACGCAGUGAUGUGGCACGUCGUGCUCUUCUCCAUCCUGCUGUCCAUGGGUCUGCUGCAGCUCGUGCUCUGCGGCAUCCAGGUGGUCAACGGCUGCUUAGGGUGCAUGUGCGGAGACUGCCGCGAAAGCAAAGAUGACGAUGGUGGACUGUGAAGAUCAACCUGCUGUGACCUGCGUUCACAAGGAGCAGGGAUUUGAUCCUGUGAAGCAGAAUGAGAUUUUCUUUUGAUACUACGCUGUACUUUUAUUUUGAAGACAUCCUGUUUGAGAAGCCUCACUCCAUUUGUCUUUUUCGCUUCAACCAAUAUAAUGAUUUAAAUAAAGUCCACGUUGGAACAUGAAUCACAAA